AUGCAUAAGACCGCAUCGCUUAAUUCUUUAAAUUUAAAGGUAACAUUCACUGAGUCCAUGCUCACAUCUACAACGAAUCAAGAGAUUAAACCUAAUCAACUUUUAAAAGACGCUCGUCGGAUGGCAAUCAUACCAACGCCAAAUCGACCGACAAAUCUAUCGACAUCUGCUAAAGUUGAAUCUUUUGCUACUAAUACUUCAGCACUGAUGAAUAAUAAAGUAGAGACAGCCAAAUACAUUGACUCAGGAG